AUGAACUUGUUACUUCUACUUGUGGCUUUGAGCACGGCAUUUUGUCUCCCAUUAGAGAAGCGUAUUGAGUCAUUCAGCGCUAAUGAGGCUUACACGUCUGUACUUACUUCAACAUGGAAAUUAUUUUGGAAUGAACAACUCGGAGCAUUCAAUUUAAAUGAUCCCUCUUGCUCAAAGAAUUUUAGCUUACCUGCAGUCUGGGAUGUGGCGGUUGUCGCGAAGGCAAUAAUCGAGUCAGGGAAUAACACAGCAUCUCAAAAGGUAUUAACCCAGUUGUACUCGUAUCAAAGCUCCAAUGGGUGGUUUACUGCACUUCCAAACCAAACAGACGCUUUUACCGAUGAUAAUGCGCAAAUUGUUUGGGCUUUGUUAACGGCGUAUGACUUGACCAAAGAUGAAAAGCAUUUGGCAACUGCCAAACAAUUGGUGAAGCUAAUACAAGGACAAUGGUCCGAUAUAGGGGGAAUUACAUGGAAGACAGGAGACCCAUACGUUGCAUCAAUAUCCACUACUGAAGCUGCAUUGGCCGCUGUUAGGUUGUACAAAUACACUCAAGAUAAAAGUUUGCUUGAUUUUGCUGAACAAUGCCUUUCCUGGAUGGAAGAGAAACUCAAAGAUUCACUGGAUGGAUUUUAUUUCGAUGGCAUAAAUAAAAACAAUGGCGAUAUUGAUAGAGGAAAAUUGUCGUAUACAGUGGGUACAGCAAUUUCUUCCUACAUAUAUUUGUACAAGUUUACCAACAAUGCCACUUAUUUAAGUAUUGCCAAUCUGAAAGCGACGGCAGUUUUUGCAACAGACACGUCGAAUGCGCUUAUGAAUAACGGUGGUGGUUGGAAUAACGGAUUAAAAUAUAACCAUUUGUUAUUUGCCGGUAUUGCUGAUUUAAUUCAGAUCGGGGGCCAAUUACAAUAUACUCAGAAGUUGAUAGAUCAAGCCAGGAUUGUGCAUGAUUACGAUCAGUUAAGCGAGGGGGUCUAUGUUGAUUUUUACACUGUUGAAACAUUAGCUAAUCGUUACACACAGCUUACUGGUCAGCCCAAUGGGUAUAGCUUUAAUGCGAAUAACUACUGUAACAACAAUAAGCUGGACCCCAAAAGAUCUGUUUUGAAUCAAGGAUCUGCGGCGCAAAUUUUUUACCAAGUAAAUCGAGUGAGCUCGGGAUAG